UAUACACGCCGGGUUUUCUUGAACUGGGGCUUCCACCUCUCUCAGGCUAUCGUACCCGAAUAGGCGGUGAGAUGCCAGCUAACACUACGGAGGCCAAGCACGUGACUGGAGUCAUCAUCGUCGAAGUCACUGCAUCACAAUAUCUUCACACGGCUUCAAAGUAUUACCCUUCGUCGUGCUCCGCGGGGUCGGUCCCCACAAAUUAUAAUGAAACUGAUGGCUGGAAAACUCAACUCAGAUUAUAAAUAAAACGAUCGGCUGGCUUUCAUUAGCUUCACUCGCGACUAUGCCCCCCAAGAGGCAUCUAGACACUAGAGAAGGCUCACAUGAGUCGUCGCCAAAGAGCUUGAAGAAGAGUUUUACCGCAUGUCAAAGAUGCCAUGCUCAUAAAAUUAAAUGCUCGGGCGAUCAACCAUGUGCCAAGUGCCAGCAGACUGGGUUCGCUGACCAAUGCCGUUACGCAAACCGAGACCGUAAAUUAAAAGUUAAUGAGAGUUACAUUGAUCAACUUGUUUCAGAGAACCAGCGACUGGAAGAGCAAUUAAACCUGGCUAGGAAUGCACAAGAUGAGGUUGGAGGCGGACAGCCGCGACCUGCUUCAAAUGUCGAUGACAGCGACACGAGCACCAGAAAUCCGCUCAUUGGGGAAAGAGCUUGGUUCCAUCCAUAUGAUCCCUCAGCUCCUCCCAUAUACAUUGGAGAAGCCGCAUGUACUGCAUUUGCAACCCGGUUCCGCCAAUUCCUUACUGGCGAUAAAAACGCCACUAACCACCUCACUCGAACUCAAUACCUCACAGAAUCUGCAUUAGCAGCAGCGAACAGUAGGCCGGUGACAUGGCCUUCCCUUCCGCAAGCCCGACUGCUAGUCAAAAUAGCCUUUAAUCAUGUUGGCCGAGUCUACCAUUUACUGCCGAGAAAAGCGAACCUGGAGAAGCUUGAAGAAAUCUACAGAACAGCCAACUUCGACUGUCCUUUGAGCACCUGCAAGUUUUUUGCGUUAUUCGCAUUUGGAGAAGUUUACUCGAUCAGGUCCAUCCCGUCGUCAAGUCCCAUGGUGCCCGGCACGCCCUACUUUGCCAAAGCAAUGACAUUGAUCCAGUUCGUACCCGAGCGAGCCAAUCUAAGUUACCUCGAAAAUUUAAUUCUACUGUCUCUGUUUUCAUAUUUUUUAAACCGACGUCAUUCAGCCUAUUCCUUAAUCGGCAUGGCCAUGAGACUUGGGCUUACUAUAGGUCUCAACCACAACGUUCCAGAGUCACAGCUCAUCGACCCAGUGGAGCGUCAACAUCGUGUCCGGCUCUGGUGGACGAUUUACAUGUUCGACCGAAUGUGGGGAUCUAAGAUGGGACUCCCCAUGCAGGUUUUGGAUGAGGAUAUUCACGUCGAUAUGCCUUCAACUGUAUAUCCCCAAACGGAGCAUGACGCACAAUUUCUAGACACUAAAUAUUCGAUUGCCGGCAUCAAUCUAGCUCAAAUUGCAGGCGAAAUUGUUGCCAAGAUAUACAGUCGAAAGACAUAUCACGAAACUUUUCUUCAAAGGGUGCAAAAGCUUUUGAAAUCGCUGAAGAAUUGGGUCGAGACGCUUCCCGAACAUGUCAAACUCAAAUCGCAAGAUGACGGUCCCAAUCAAAAACACAUAGUCUCCUUGCAUCUCUCGUUCAAUCAGUGUGUGAUCCUUGCAACUCGGCCAACCCUACUUCAUGCAUUGAUACUGCAGACCAAGACUGCGGCGUCGAAUGAACGACCGGCUGAGUCUAUCUCACAAGCUGUCUUAACACUUGCUGAGGCCUGCAUUCAUGCUGCGAGACAUACUCAUUCGCUCAUUGUUGAAGAAUGGGUCAAUGGCUCUCUUUCCAUGUUCGGCUACUUUUACGCGCAUUAUCUCUUCUCAUCCGCGCUUGUUCUAGCAAUGUCCAGUCUCCUGGCUGCUAAGAAUAAGCAUGAUAUCGGAGGGUUCGAGACUUCAAUUGAGAUUCUCCGCUCCAUGAGCGACAACGGGAAUCUAUCUGCCAAAGAAUUUUACGUCAAUUUGGAGCAGGUAAAACUUUGCCUGGACAGCCAGAGUAUACAAGAUGCAAACAACGGGUCGCAGCAAAGACGCCAGAAUAACGAAGCUAAUAUGUUGAUGCCCGAUCGUCCUGCUAUGCCGCCUAUGGUGGUCCCCGCAAGUAUGCAAAAUCAAAGCAUGCUUCCAGCACCUUCAGGGAGCCAAGGACUUUCUUUAUCAUCAAACACGUUUGCCGGAUUUACUACUGAAAUGGCGUUUCUUGAGCCGACUAUGCAAGAUUUUCUGGCCCAGUCGGACAUGGAUCUUGGCCUGCUAAACCCGGUCGAUAUGUCAACAAGCGAUCCAGGCACCUUGUGGACUUGGCCAACGCCUUCUCUACCGACUGAAUAAAUAAUAUCUAAUUUUGGCUCUCUAUAUGCUCAUGCUUCGGGUAUAAUGAUUACUUUGGAUGAAAAUGCACCAAAUAAACGCCGGGAAAUGGAACAAAAUGAACGCGAUGUGGACGCCCAUUAGAAGCGAACCGUAAACAUACCCAGACGCUCAUCAGCAUUAUUGUAUAACCCAAAUUGGGUGCGUCCGAAAACGCAGAUCAUCAUCGCAUCUUAUUUCUCGAGCUUGAGGCCAA